AUGGAAUAUAGUCUUUAUAUUCAAUUUCUAGAAAAAUUCAAAAAUUUCUAUUUUAAUAAUACUAUAGAUCAAAUACUAAUAUUUAAUAACCCCAUGUAUAUGAUAUUUUGAAUGAGAUUUUAACCAGCACAGUUUCCUCAUUAUUUGAAUGGAAAAAUUCAGAGUUUGAAGAACAAAUGAGAUCAAGCUUGACAUCUCUACCUCCUCCAAAUCCAGGAGAUUGGGUUAAAGUAGAAGGAAACCAAAAGCUUGAAAUGGCACUUAGAAGAUUAAGAAUUGAUAGAAACACUACAAAUGGAAGAGAGUUGGCAAAUAAAACAACUGAGGAGCUAAAUACAGAAAAAAAGAAAGUAAAAAAUGAAUUAAAGACCUAUGAUACCACUUUUAAGUCCCUUUUUGGACGACUGCCUAAAAGAGAAGAAAAAGAGCCAAUGAGACCGCUUUAUAUGUACUACAAGAAAAUUAAGCAGGCAAUAUCAAAAAGACCAGCAGAAAGAAGCAAUAAAAAAUUGAAUAGAGAAGAAACUGUAAGAAAAUUAGAAACCUUAAGAAAAGAAAGAGGAGAAUUGAAGGCGGUUCUGCAUAAUUUCCAGAUGGAGUUUUCUCAGACCAAUCAAAGGAGGAUUAGAUAUCAUAAAGAUAUAUUGCCAGUUGAAAAUGAAUAUAAAAGAUACAAGGACGUUAAAGCAGAAAUUGCUAAAUUAGAAUCAGAGCUUAGUAAAGCAUAA